AUGUGCCUGUUUGCUUCGCUCCCUGGGCCCACUACCCAGCUCCGUGCAGGGCACGGAGGCAAGUCCCGGGAGGAGCUCCGAAACAGCCUGCCUGAGCGCGACUCUGCCGCCCUGCGUCGCCUCACUUCAGCCCAGGCCGCCCUCUCAGCAUCCCCUAGUGUCUGCUCGUGCCUCCGCGCCCUUCGGUCCGCCGGCGUCGCUUCACCUCCCCUCCGCUCCCCAACACCCCGGCCGCUGGUGUCGCUGCCUCUCCCCUUACCUCGCCUCAGCCUCUCCAGUCGCCUUCCUCCGCUCCCCUGCACCUCCCCUCGGCUCCCCUUAGGCCGCCCCUCACGUCACCCCGCCUCUGCCCGCACUCCUGACGCUAGGCCCCGCCCCCAGGGGCCCGUGGUUCCCGCCGCGCUCUUGGGUCCCGGAUGCUGCGUCUUCUCCCCUCAGGUUUGGGAUGAAUCUUCUCACAUUUUCCCGGGAGAUGGUGACUGCCUUGGAGGACGCUUCGAUCUCAAGCUUCUGGGGGCUCCACUUUCCUCCAUAUUGGCCGGUUCCCCGGCAGGGUUAACCUUCCUCCCCGCCCCCAGCGCGAGCCGCAGGGCCGGCGGGGAGGGUUCCCGCUGCGCGCUGACUCCAGGGCACAGGGUCAUCGAAGGCGGGAAACCAGGAAACUCCACUCCUAAUUUCAGUCUUGCCAGCUGCCUCACAGUGCGAGGCAAAAAUGCAGGAAAACUGGAGAAGAAAUGGAAGUCAGGAGAACUUCCAGGAAUCGCGCACAUCGCCUUCAAAACGAUGGUAACAAUCGAAGUGACAAGUCCCCUAGCCCUUGGAAUGUCCAGAGACCCGCUCCCUCCCGGGGAGGUGAUUUACGGAAUCCCCUGGCCCUCAGAAUGUCUGAAUCCCUUCAUCCCCACCCCCGGAGGUGGUUUACGGCUAUAAAAGAGUCUUGUCACCCUCUUUUCGGGGCCACGGGUCGGAGAGAGAUGCGAGUCCUCCGUGGUCGCCGGCAAUAAAGACCCUGCAAUUUGGCAUA